AUGAUCGUCUGUGUCGCCGUCGUCGGUCACCAGAACAAUCCGUUGUACAUACAGAGCUUCACGGAGGCCGAUGAUGCUCUCAAGCUCCACCAUAUCGUCCAUUGCUCGCUUGAUGUGGUUGAUGAGCGAGUGAACAAUCCUAAAAAAUCUGGACCUAUGCUGAAUGAGACGUUUCUAGGACUGCUUUAUCCUAUUGAAAACUACAAAGUUUAUGGAUAUCUGACUAAUACAAAGGUCAAAUUUAUUUUGGUGACCACGGAUCUAGAUGUUAAAGAUGCAGAUGUAAGAAAUUUUUUCAGGAGAUUUCAUACUGCAUAUGUAGAUGCAGUUUCAAAUCCAUUCCAUGUGCCUGGUAAAAAGAUAACAUCCAGAACUUUUGCAGAAAGAGUGAGCACAAUUGUCAAGUCAUUUGGUUUUAGUUCGGCUGCGUAA